CUUGUUGCAGAGAUCAAGACUCCAAGGUCCACAUCGACUCCGAACACAGAUACCUUCAAGAACGUUUCCCCUUCAUGUGGUUGUUUGGUGCUUUCUAAUGGGACCACUCAUGGAGGUACAGGGCGUGAACUUUACAGUGGGCAUUGUCGGUCCCUGGAAAUGUGAUCCGCUCUUCUCUAAGGCCUUGCCGGAAUUAGCUGCGCAUUUGGCAGUGAGCAAAAUCAACAACGACUCCUCACUGGAACUCAAACACAAGCUGGACUACAAAAUCCUGGAGGAAAACUGCGAAACGGCUAAAGCAUUGGUGGAGUUUGCCGAUUUCGAUAAACUGUCAUCUGCAUUUAUAGGUCCACAGAACCCAGGGUACUGCGACGCCGCAUCGCUUUUGGGCAAACACUGGAACAAAGCAAUAUUUUCUUGGGCUUGUGUAAACCAUGACUUGGACAAUAAAAAUAGUUUCCCCACAUUUGCCAGAACUUUGCCAACUCCCAUCAAAGUUUUGUAUCAAUUUAUGAAAUAUUUUAGGUGGGCUCAUGUUGGGGUUGUAUCCUCUAACGAGGAUAUAUGGGUGGACACAGCGCAGAAAGUGGCUAGUGCUCUAAGAAAUCAAGGACUUCCUAUUGGUAUUGUAUCAAAUAUGGGCUACGGAGAUAAAGGUAUCAAAGCAACAUUGACAGCUAUAAAGGAAACUCAUGCUCUCCGAGUCAUUAUAAUGUGCAUGCAUUCUGUACUGGUUGGAGGGGAAGAACAAGCCACCUUUCUUACAAAAGCGCAUGAAAUGGGACUAACAGAUGGAAGAUAUGUCUUUGUACCAUACGACACUUUACUUUACAGCCUUCCUUACAAAAACAACUCAUUGUCCAUCCUUGAUAAAAAUAGCAAGCUGCAGGAGGCCUACGAUGCCGUGUUGACCAUCACAAUGGACUACGAGGAAAAGUCGUUUUAUGAUGUCUUUGCCGAUCUCAAGGAAAAGGGAGAAAUAAAGACUCAUCUGGAACCACAACAGGUCUCACCGUUGUUUGGAACCAUCUAUGACUCAAUGUACUUAUUGGCCAAAGCAAUGAGCGCCGCUUGGAAACAAGGGGUCUGGAUCUCAGGAACGAGCCUUGUGGAAUAUACCAAAAAUCUGGAUUACCCUGGAUUUAUACAGAUGCUAUACACGGAUGGGAAGGGGAAUGGGCUGAGCAACUUUGUGGUCUUAGACACUGAUGGGAAAAUGAACCAGCUCUUCCCAACCUACUCGGUGGAGAUGUCUUCUAAUUUGGUGCGCUUUUUGGGAAAGACCAUUCGGUUCCCUGGAGGAACACCCCCUACUGCAGACUCCGGCUGUUGGUUUGAUCCUGACACAUUGUGCAUAGGAGGCAUUGAACCAUCCAUCGUCAUCCUGGUUUUUGGGCUGGUGUUUGCCUUGGCUCUGUGUGGCGUCGCAGUCUCUUAUCUCAUCAGGCAUAGCCUCCUUCAGAUCCAGCUGGUGAAGGGGCCUAACAGAAUAUUGCUGUCUCUGGAUGACCUGACCUUUAUAAACCCCAAGCUGAGUAUAAAGAAACUGAAUAUCGACAAUCUCGAUGUCAAAAGCGUCUCUGAUUGCAAAAGCCUGAGAUCGGUAACUCGCUCUGUGUCUACUAAAAGUGUGGGAGCCAACUACGAGAACUCCAAUGUGGCCGUUUAUGAGGGAGACUGGGUUUGGUUGAAGAAAUUUGAGCCCGGUACUUACCACGAGCUGCGGCAGAGCACUACCAGUACAUUGCGCAAGAUGAAAGACUUGAGGCAUGAAAAUGUAAAUCCCUUUCUGGGGUUCUUCUCCGACUGUGGAAUCUUUGCUAUUGUGACGGAACAUUGCUCCAGAGGGAGCUUGGAGGAUCUGCUCAGAAAUGAAGACGUCAAAUUGGACUGGAUGUUUAAAUCUUCACUGCUUCUAGAUUUGAUAAAGGGCAUGAGAUACUUGCACCAUCAUGACUUUCAACAUGGACGUCUAAAAUCCCGAAACUGCGUAGUCGAUGGUAGAUUUGUCCUGAAGCUCACGGAUUAUGGAUUUAAUGAAAUUGUGGAAAACCAGAAAGCUCCACGAUGCUCUCAUCCACCCGGAGAAUUGUUUUGGACAGCUCCAGAAUUACUUCGAGAUCAAAAUCUUGCAAGAAGAGGAACCUUCAAAGGGGACGUGUUUAGCUUUGCUAUUAUUUUGCAAGAAGUAGUUGUGCGGGGUCCACCAUACUGCAUGUCGGGUCUCUCAGCUGAGGAAAUCAUUAGGAAGGUGAAAAAGCCGCCUCCAUUAUGUCGCCCAACUGUGGCCCCCGACCAGGCCCCCCUUGAGUGCAUUCAGCUCAUGAAGCAAUGUUGGAGUGAACUAGCGGACAGGAGGCCAACGAUCGAUGAGAUCUUCGAUCAGUUUAAAACCAUCAACAAGGGAAAGAAAACCAACAUUAUAGACUCCAUGCUACGGAUGCUGGAACAGUACUCCAGUAACUUAGAGGAUCUAAUCAGGGAGAGGACGGAGGAACUAGAGGUGGAGAAACAGAAAACAGAAAAACUCCUCUCGCAAAUGCUGCCGCCGUCCGUUGCGGAAGCCCUGAAAACUGGAGCUACGGUGGAGCCGGAAUACUUCGACCAGGUUACCAUCUACUUCAGUGAUAUUGUCGGAUUCACCACCAUAUCAGCUCUCAGUGAGCCCAUAGAAGUGGUCGACCUUCUGAAUGACCUCUACACUUUGUUUGAUGCAGUCCUGGGCAAUCACGACGUCUAUAAAGUGGAAACAAUUGGCGAUGCCUAUAUGGUGGCCUCCGGGCUCCCUAAGAGGAACGGGAACAAGCACGCGGCAGAGAUCGCCAACAUGUCAUUAGACAUCCUGAGCUCAGUCGGCACCUUCCAGAUGAGGCACAUGCCGGACGUACCGGUCAGGAUCCGGAUAGGCUUGCACUCAGGGCCCUGUGUAGCUGGAGUUGUGGGCCUCACUAUGCCACGUUACUGUCUAUUUGGAGACACCGUGAAUACAGCGUCACGAAUGGAAUCCACAGGACUGCCUUACAGAAUCCACGUCAACCAAAGCACAGUGGCCACACUCCGCACUCUGAAAGAAAACUAUAAAAUACAGCUUAGAGGAAAAACAGAACUAAAGGGAAAAGGUAUAGAAGAAACAUAUUGGCUAGUAGGAAAAGAUGGUUUUACCAAACCUUUACCGAAUCCUCCCGAUGUAAAGCCGGGGUAG